AUGUGUCAAGACGAGACCGCUCUUAAUGGCUGGACCAGCGUACCAGCUAACGCUGGCGCUAUCUUCAAUGAACAACGUUUGAUCAAUGAACCUGAACCACUUUCGCUUGAUCAGAUCCCGUUUCCAUAUGAUGAUUCUGCAGUCGCGAAGACACUAGACUACGUGAAACGGGUCCUUCAUCCCGAGACUCUUAACCACUCAAUGAGAGUUUACUACUAUGGCAUGGCAAUCACCAAGCUGCAUUUUCCGGACAUCUUCGCCAAACUUAGCCCCAGCACUUGGGCCUUGACUACCUUGUUGCACGAUUUGGGUACUGCUGAAGAGAACCUGACUGCGACUCGGAUGUCUUUCGAUAUAUAUGGCGGUAUCAAGGCGUUGCAAGUUUCGAAGGGCUUCGGUGCAACUUCCGAUCAAGCCGAAGCCGUCGCCGAAGCGAUCAUCCGCCACGAGGAUAUGGGAGUUGACGGCACCAUCACUUACAUUGGUCAGUUGAUCCAGUUAGCUACGACCUAUGACAAUACCAGCAUUCAUCCACAUGUGAGGAAUUUUGAGAACAUGGUUCAUCCCGCAACUCGGGAAGAAGUUGUCAAGGCCCAUCCCCGCCUGCUCUGGAGUGAGUUCUUCGCCCGUACUAUUCGGAAGGAGGAAUCCAUUAAGCCUUGGUGCCACUCGACUCAUCUUGUCAAUUUUGCGGAGGAGAUUGAGGGCAAUACUUUGAUGAAGAAAUGGGAAUAA